AUGGCGUGCGUCAAUCAGCGAGAGUGUUCGAGCGCAACAAACAGCCACGAAACCGACGAAGAGGCCGUCCACCACGAUGGCUGCGACAAUGGAAAUCAUGCCCAUCACGGUCAUGCCGAAGGACACGCGACGAGCGAGCAUAUCCGAAGCGCAGCUCACGAGCAUGCUCACGGUGAAGAUGGCACCCACCUUGACGAGCCUUGCAACGUCCAUCUUAAAGCAGCAAUGGAGAAGUAUGCCACAUACCUUGAGUCAGCUCAGUGCAUCUGUCGAAGCAUUCUUUCCUCUGCCAGGCGUAUUGAGUCCUGCCGCCCACAGCCUCCAUCCAUCGGCGUCUCUGCAUUCAGCACUUCCCACAGUCAUCACCUCAAUAUGAAAGAGCACGGAUCUGUCUUGUCUCGCCGCCGUCUCAAGAAGGCGCCACAGAAUUCAUCGUCAACACAACCUGAGAUAAAAUGCUGUGGCAGCCAUGAGAGCCUUGAUCAAGUUCAAUUCGAGGAUGAGGCCGUUCUCAAGUCUUCGGUGGACAUCGAGAAAGCAGCAGGGAUCUCACACAUUCUCCUGAAUGUUACUGGGAUGGACUGCUCUGGCUGCGCGAACAACUUGACCCGAGCACUCCAAACUGCGCAUGGUACCAAGGACGUUAAGGUCACUUUCAUCAGUGGAGUUGCCGAAUUCCGCCUCGACACCGAAGUCAACACCCUCGAUAACGUGAUCCGCAGUGCCCAGAGGGCCACUGGCUAUAAGUUGACCCCAUUCUCUUCCGACACCCAGUGUAUCGAUGUCGUUAUGAGUGUGGCAGAAGCAAACAGGUUUCAAGACAACCUACCUCAUGGUGUCGAAUGCUGCGAGAAGCUUUCCAAGACAACAUAUGAAAUCAGCUAUGACCCAUGCAUGAUUGGUGCCAGAGACUUGCUCGCUGGUAUUGACGGUCAACUCGGUCCUCCCCGCGGCGACUCAUACCUUGAUGAAGGGAAGCGCAGGCUCAUUCGAGUCUCUGCUUUGACAACCGCAGCCUUUAUACUGACAACCCCAGUUGUUGUACUCGAAUGGGGCCGCCCCUCAGGUGUUUCCGAGCAUACCACUCUGAUUGUUGCCGUAGUCCUUGCCACAAUGGUUCAAGCAAUUGCAGUUUCCGAGUUCUACAUUCCUGCCAUGUCGUCCUUGGUAUACAACAAAGUUGUAGAGAUGGACAUGCUUGUGGUCAUCAGCAUUACAGCCGCAUAUGUGUAUUCGAUUAUUGCCACUGGCCUCUUCUUUGCGGGCAUCGACCUGGAGACCAAACCGUUCUUCGAGACGAGUACGCUGCUGGUCACGCUGAUCCUCCUUGGUCGGCUUCUUGCGGCUUGGGCUCGUAAACGAGCGGUGCAGGCUGUGUCGUUGAGAUCUCUACAAACAUCGACAGCUCUGCUCAUCGAUCCAACAACAGAACAAAUCAGAGAGAUCGAUGCUCGAUUGCUUCAAUACGGAGACAGAAUCUCAAUACUGCCCCAUUCAAGGAUCGUCACCGACGCUGAUGUACUUGGAGGAGCGAGUGAGGUGGAUGAGGCAAUGCUCACAGGCGAGAGUAUCCCCGUUUUCAAGACCGCUGGACAUUCUGUUGUGUCAGGAACUAUCAACGGCAGCGGAAGACUGAUAGCACGGGUGUCUCGCCUGCCAGGGAGGAAUACCAUUACUGAUAUUGCCAACCUGGUUGAACAAGCACAAAGUUUCAAACCUCGCGUCCAAGACUUGGCAGAUAAGGUAGCGGGAUAUUUUGUCCCUGUUGUAUGCACGGUCGCCGUUAUUGUCUUCACCGUCUGGGUCUUGGUUGUGCUGAAGAUUCGAAAACAACCUGCUGGUGACGCUAUUGGAACUGCUAUAGGUUAUGCCAUUGCGGUCCUGGCUAUCACUUGUCCUUGUGCGCUUGGGUUGGCGGUUCCGAUGGUCCUUGUCGUCGCUGGAGGGGUGGCUGCGCGUGGAGGUGUCAUCAUCAAGACUGCGGAUGUCAUCCAACGUGGCUUCAAGGUCACCGACGUGGUCUUUGAUAAGACUGGAACAUUGACUGAGCCAAGCCUUGAAGUCGUGAAAGAGCAACUCUUCCCCACUGACAGAACUGGCCGAAACACCCUGCUCUCCUUGAUUUUGAAAAUGGUGAAGAGCAACAAACAUCCAGUGUCUGAAGCCGUGGCAAAAACACUUGAUGCACGGGGCCUCGGCCAGACAGAGAUGGAGGGAGUCUCGUCCAUUCCUGGCUGUGGGAUUGAAGCGAAGUGGCAAGGAUUGACAAUCCGUGCCGGGAAUGCAAAGUGGCUCAAUAUCAGCGAGAGGCCUGAGGUCGUCGACUUUGCGGCACAAGGUUUGACAGUUCUCUGCGUCACGGUCGAUGGCUGCUUGGCUGCAAUAUUCGGGCUGAAGUCUCGGCUUCGUGAAGGAGCGACCGGUAUCAUUCAAGAGCUUCACCGACGGCGCAUCGAUGUUCAUAUCGUAAGUGGCGAUGGGCGCCGUGUCGUGGAAGGUGUAGCAGCAGACCUUGGGAUUCCUCUGGACAACAUCGCUGCAGAGCGAACCCCGGCGCAGAAGCAAGACUAUGUACGCCAACUCAUGGAUGCCGGGAAGGUCACACUUUUCUGCGGAGACGGGACAAAUGACGCUGUCGCGGUGGCUCAAGCCAAUGUCGGGGUCCAGAUCGAGUCCUCCUCGGAUGUCACGCGUGCCACGGCGGACGUUGUCCUCCUUCGCAAUCUCGACGGCGUGGUCAAUUUAUUGGAUGUGUCCAAGGCCGCAUUCCGACGCAUCACCUUCAACUUCGUCUGGUCGGCCGUCUAUAAUAUGCUUGCCAUCUUGCUCGCAGGAGGAGCUUUUGUCAAAGUCCGCAUUCCUCCAGCCUAUGCAGGUCUCGGUGAGAUGGUCAGCGUGUUACCGGUCAUCGUUGCGGCGUUGACCCAGCCAAAGGUGAAGGCGAGGAAUUGA